ACCCGCUAACAUGCCGGGGAAGACGCAGGGCGGCGAGGCGGCCGAGGCCGCUGAAGGGGAGGGCCCCGAAGGGGGCCCUCGGAAGGGUACCUCGCUCACGACCUCGGCGGCCCAGGAUACCGCCCCCACUGAGGCCCUGGCGUUCGCGGCGGACGAGCCCAUGGUCGCGUCCCAGCAGAACUCCGGGACGGUGCAGCAGGGCCCCGAGGGCAGCGCGGACUCCUGCUUCGCUCCGCAGCCGGAGCUGGCUUGCGGCAGCUUCCUGUCGCAACCCCGCUUGCCCCCCACGCACUGCUGCGGCUUGGAGCCUGGCAUCCGCGAAGAGCGCUCCUGGGAGGCGCUGCAAGUCCCCGAGCCCGGCUCCCCGGGGCUGCCCUGGUCUCCGGAGUCCCGGGCGCCAGGGGUGCCGGUGCCGCGGGGCAAGUGCCUCCUCCAUAACUGGGUGGAAGAGAGAGCCACCAACGAGCUGGACCUGGUCCUAAACCAUGAGGAAAGUGAAGGUUUCCGCUACCGCCACGGACACUUGGGAUUGCUGACCCUUGACCUGUCCUCCCCCCAUGCUUCUAGGACCACCCAAAAGGAUUCCUACCAGGACCCAGGGAAUCCUCGGAGAGCCCUCCGAGGAAAGAGAGAAGCCAUGCUGGAGCUGCUUCUGCACCACCAGAUCCGGAAGGAAGUGGACCGGAAGUCGGAUCCACCAAUGUAUUUCAAUUAUGAGUCUGUAACACACCAUGAUUAUCAGAGGGAGCUGGAUCGACCUGGGCCACCACCUCCCACCAAGGUUCACAGCCUGCAGGAGCCGCCAGAGACCUACUGGCUCCAAACGGCAUCAAAACUUCCGGGUGUCAGCAAUAGUGGGAUAUGUGAUACCCCCUUUCGAAAAAACUGUAGUUUCUCAACACCUGUUGCUCUGUCCAUGGACCAGCCCUUACCCUACGGCCCUGAGAACUACCCUCAACUUUGAAGGGGAAAUGGUAGGAGAGAAGCAGAUUGGAAAAUGGGAUGGGAGAAAUAAAUCAUACAAAUGGAUAU